AUGUUACUGGCUGCUACGCGCCUGCUUCGCUGGCCGAUAAUAAUAAUAAUAAUAUUAAUAACCCCACCAGACGGCUUGAUGUCGGCAGGGUCCUCUCGGACUCGGCAAGCGGCAUCCGCCGCUGGUGGAGUGCGCCGCAUGCGUUGGACAAGGGAUAUGAACGCAAACGCAUUGCGGGCGUACUAUAGGGCGAAAGAGGAAGAAACUGCGGGGAUAGCGUAUCGGGCUCGGAUGCAUUGCUUUUUUGCUGAGCUGGAGCCGUCUAUUCCCGUCACGGAACAAAACCUGGCAGACCGAGUUCGGUACAUCAUGCGCUCGAAAAUAUUCGAUGAUGCCGAGCUCGAACGACUACGACGUGAGGCCAUUCCCUCAUCGAAUGAAUUGGCUACGGCUGGGGAUGAGGCUCCUCAGGCGACAGACCAGCUGCCACGCGUAGAAGCCGCCAUGGAUCUUCCAGUUGUGGGUGAUUCAGACGAUGAUGAAAUGGUCUCCCACGAACUAGAGCAAAUGAGGAGUAUAUUGGAAGAGGCGAUUUUGGAUACGCGCAGCAUGCCUCUCGAAAAUCGACCGCGACUUCCCCCGCAUACCCCUAAGCAAGCGAAAUCGGGCUGUCGUGAGGGCUCUUAA